CCCCUUUCUUCUUCCAUUAUUCUCCCUCUUCUUCCUCUUCCUCUUUUCCUGUUCCUCUAACGCCAUAUAUACUUCUUCGGAGGAGGCUCAAUCGGAAGUCGAAGAGAAGUAGGAACGCGAUCCGGCCGGAGGAGGAGAGGGCGAUGGUGAGGGGGAAGACGGUGAUGAGGAGGAUCGAGAACGCCGCGAGCCGGCAGGUCACCUUCUCCAAGCGCCGGAGCGGUCUCCUCAAGAAGGCCUACGAACUCUCCGUCCUCUGCGACUCCGAGGUCGCUGUCAUCGUCUUCUCCAGCCGCGGUCGCCUCUACGAGUUCGCCAGCUCCAGCAUUGAAAAGACGAUGGAUCGCUACCUGAUACACACAAAAAAUGUGAAUGUCAAACCGAGUGCAGCGGAUCACGAUACGCAGAACUGGAAGCAUGAAACCACAAAUUUUGUGAAGAAGAUAGAACUCAUUGAAUCCCACAGAAGGAAGCUGUUGGGCGAAUGUUUGGGAUCUUGCUCAGUAGAGGAACUGCAAGAACUUGGGAACCAACUAGAGGAAAGUAUCAGGCAAAUUAGGAAAAGAAAACAAACCAUGCUAUCUGACCAGAUUGCAGACCUCAAUGAAAAGGUGAGGUGUCUCUUAAAUGAGAAUAAUGUAUUAAGAGAAAAGUUGAAUGGAGGGAGGAUGCAACAUCUUAGCACCGCACACAAGGAUCAGGAUGUUGAAGGAAUAACGGAGGUAGAGACCGAGCUGAUGAUUGGGAGACCAGGAACUCGCUAAAAUCACUCAACGACUAAGGCAUGGACAGCUAAAAUUAACUAAGAUUAAUAAAAGAUCCACCAAGGCAGGGGCAACCAAAAUUAACUAAGAUUAAUAACAGAUCCACUAAGGCAUGGGCAGCCAAAAUAACCCCAAGUAGAUAAGGGAAGCUGAAAUGUAUUUAAAUUAAGAAUGCUUAUGUGUUAAAACUCUUUAUCCAUCAGCUUGUGCGAUUUGAUACUUUUUAUCCAA